AUGGAAGACCUUCGUCUUGAAAAUCACCGGAAUAAUCUGGUGGAUAAAGCCAGCGAAAAUCACGGAGAAGAAGAUGAAACGGGGGAUAAACAAUCAUGGGAUGAUAAUCUGGUGGAUAAAAUCAAGGAUAUAAUCGGAUAUGAAUUCAAAAACCCUAAUUUGCUGCAACAGGCGUUCACCCACUACUCGUACUUGGACCAGGAUAAAACCUCUACGACGUCGUACGAGAGACUCGAGUACAUCGGAGACUCAAUUCUCAGUUUUUUCAUGGCGGAGGAACAUUUCAGGCUGUACCCGGAUUUGCCGCCGGGUCAACUCACCAAGCUCCGAGCCGCAAACGUUGACACGGAGAAGCUCGCACGUGUGGCUUUCAAGUACAAGCUCCACACGUUUCUGCGCCACAAGAAACCCCUUCUCGCUGGACAAGUAAUUAUCUGA